AUGCCCUUGUCAAAAAGAGAUGCCAAGGGCCAGUACCUGUUCGACCUUCUCUGCCACCACCUGAACCUGCUGGAGAAGGACUACUUCGGCAUUCGGUUCGUGGACCCCGACAAGCAAAGGCAUUGGCUGGAAUUUACCAAGUCGGUUGUGAAGCAGAUGAGGGCCCAGCCUCCCUUCACCAUGUGCUUCCGCGUGAAGUUUUAUCCCACGGACCCCGCGGCUCUGAAGGAGGAGAUCACCAGGUAUUUAGUCUUCCUGCAGAUAAAAAGGGAUCUCUACCACGGCCGUCUCCUCUGCAAGACUUCGGAUGCGGCUUUGUUGGCCGCCUAUAUCCUUCAAGCUUCCCCAGGCUGGAAGGAGGUUUUGCAGGCGGUCGGUCCCAUGGCAGGCAGCAUCCCCCCGGCCCCCCCCAGGGGCAGUGCUGCUGCCUCAGCCUGUGCCGGCAGCACUCCCCCGCGGCAGCAGAAACCCUGUACCCGAGGGCUGACUUUCAUGUUCACAUCUUCCAUGGAAUACUCUUUUUCUGUCCUUUUUCCCCGCUGUAGUGGGCAGACACCAGCUACUUCGGAACUGAAUUUCCUCAGGAAAGCCCAGACGCUGGAGACCUACGGGGUUGACCCUCACCCUUGCAAGGACGUGUCGGGGAAUGCAGCGUUUUUGGCCUUCACUCCGUUCGGUUUUGUCGUUCUGCAGGGAAACAAGAGAGUUCACUUCAUCAAGUGGAACGAGGUGACCAAAAUGAAAUUCGAAGGGAAGACUUUCUAUUUAUACGUAAGUCAGAAAGAGGAAAAGAAAAUUGUUCUUACGUAUUUUGCCCCAACGCCCGAAGCCUGCAAACACCUCUGGAAGUGUGGGAUAGAAAACCAGGCGUUCUACAAGUUGGAGAAGUCGAGCCAGGUCCGGACGGUGUCCAGCAGCAACUUGUUCUUCAAGGGAAGCCGGUUCCGAUACAGCGGCCGCGUGGCAAAGGAGGUGAUGGAGUCCAGCGCCAAGAUCAAGAGGGAGCCCCCCGAGAUUCACCGGGCAGGGCUGGUGCCGAGCCGGAGCUGCCCCUCCAUCACCCACGGCCCCCGCCUGAGCAGCGUGCCGCGCACCCGGAGGAGAGCCGUGCACAUCUCCAUCAUGGAAGCCUCAGCCAUGAUGCUCCACACGGCGCUGGGGACACGCUCGCGCCAGGCGGAACAGGUGAAUAAGUUUGUUUUAAGUGUCCUCCGUUUGCUCCUUGUGACAGUUGGACUCCUCUUUGUUUUGCUCCUCCUCCUGAUCGUCCUUACCGAGUCCGACCUUGACACUGCCUUUUUCCGUGAUAUCCGCCAGACCCCCGAGUUCGAGCAGUUCCAUUACCAAUACUUUUGUCCCCUCAGGCGAUGGUUUGCCUGCAAAGUCCGCGCCGUGGUAAGCCUGCUCAUUGACACCUGA